CCCGUGUUAGUCCACCGUGACAUGGAGGAUCUCCUGCUGCAGAUCGUCCGGGAAUCGAGCAAUGCGAAGUUACAAAAUCUACGAAAAUCAGCACAGGAAGCGUAUGACUUCCUGGACAAGCAGCAAGGGUUGCUACGCGAUCCACCCCACGAGCUGCGGGCAAAAUGUCUACACACAUUUCAGCUAGCACUGGAAACGAAGAGAAGCAAAUUCGUCGCGUUCGGCCUCUCCGGAUUACACAGGAUGUUGAGGGACGACAGAUUUCAAUCGCCCUACGAGCCAGAAGACGAUUCCCUCUGGCUGCCCGCGCAAAUGUUGCACGCGAUGGGUUCGAUGUUGUCACAGUCGGACGAUACGCAGACGGAUAUGCUGAAAGUUCUGUUACAAGUCGCCUGUUCCUCGUAUUGGACGAUGAACGGCCGCUUGAUAAUCGCCAUCCUCACUACCUGCUGCGAAGCUUUCGAAAAUGGGAAUCAAGCGGUGAGAACCGCUGCCCAGGCUGCGACCAGUCAAACGCUGCGAUCCUUCUGUCUCUUCUUAGACGAGGAAUGCCAAGAAAUGGACGAGAACGCCAAGAAGAAUAAAAAUGUUUGGGAAAGGGGGGUCUCCUGUUUCAAUGAGGCUCUACCGAUACUCCAAUACAUCUGCAGUAAACUGGACGAGGCUCAAAACAAUGGCAGAAACGGUAACACAGUGGUGUUCCUAUUGGAGUGUCUGCACACGCUGAUCUCGUCCCUACCGCAGAAGAUUCACACGAAUGCACACUUCACCACCUUCCUCUGGCAGAAAUUCUGCCCCGCGUUGAUCGCUUUUCUGGGCACCCCCAGAGUGGACAAAACCUUCAUCUCCAGGGAGGGAAAGGAGAACGAGGUUGGGAGAGGCUCUGGAUACCUGGCCACGUCUUUGAGCUUCGACAGCCAUCAGGCAAAGACCGUCUACAGCAUCGGGACGGAAUUGGUGCGAUUGGUAGGCUGUGUAGGCCCUCUCCGGCCAGUUCUGGAGUCCGUGUUCCACAGGAUGUUGCUCUAUCCGCCUCCCCAGCAGCGCUUAGAAUCCCUGAAGGCUCUGAAGGAGCUUCUACGUAGUCCUAGUCGAAUAGUAGACUUUGCUGGCCCGUUGUUGGUGGAAGAAGACAGAUGCAGCCAUAUUCAAAGCGACAUGGCCCUAAUGAGGCUUGCAAUGGACUCGAUCGAGGAAUCGACGACUGGUGGUUUGAGUAUAUUGCACGCUAGCGUGUCGUGCGUGGUUGCUAUGUUGUCGGCGCUUCAGGAACUUUGCGAAGGGAAGGCCAUUAAUCAUACUUACACGUGCACGAUCAAUAGUCUCUACGACGACCUGGAAUCCUGCGACUAUCGGGGACCUCUGACCUAUCAGAGCAUGGCACGGCUUCCAAAAACUUAUAGAGAGCAAUUGGAGCUGAUGAAGAAGGGCAUAGGUUCCGACUCUGACUCUUCGGGCCACGGACCAUCGGAAGAUGGCGACUCGACGGAUACAGAGGGCCCUCAGAACGAGUCCGACGAGAACCAAGAGGAGAACAGCUUGGAGGACAACGACUACGCCAUUGAGAACGAGAGGGAGAGGCUACGAUUAGAGAAGCUUCCAAAGUGUCUUCACGUUGGCCGUCAAGUAGCCGACGAUUGCAACGUGGACGUGGAAAGACACAAUGCCAGAAAGUUCGUCAGGACUCUUAAGAGCGAUCUGAUCCCCAUGGUGUUGAGCCUCAGAAGCAACAUAGAGGUAGACGAGGCGUUGCAAAACUUUGCCUCGGAGUAUUGCCAAGGCGUCUUCACGGCCCAGCAGAAACUCCAAGAGCAAACUGAUACCAGCACAGACUCUUGCGCUCUGAUCACGAUCAUGAACGCGGAUGGAAUCUACUUGGCCACUUACGCAGCGUUGCUUCUCAACUUGAAAUUGAUUAGGAUCAGUUACUAUCACGAAGACAGCCGCCAAGUUCCCAUUAGCGAGGAACAAUUUGUGGAGGAGGUGCACGGAUCCGGAGUCCUUGUUUAUUUGUCCGCGACUUGGCUGUCCGAACUGUAUCAGCAAGUGUUAGCCUGCAACCUGUUGGAAAAGUGUGGCUACAAUCCUCGUUACACGGAGAACAGUGCUUUGAUAAACGUCCUUACCGAUGUUGAUGGGAUUCCUGGUAGCCAGAGAGGCGGACAACUCUUGUCCGAUUACAUAAGGCUCGAGAAGGCGCAACUGUCCCGCAGCGAACCGACACCGGAAGCUGAAGCUGGCGCGAAACUCUCCAGGAGGGUACUGACCUGUUGCUGGGGAAGCAUGAUGACCGUUUUGACGACAGGACUGAAUCCACCGAAGGAAGAGAAUAACAAAGGCAUCCUGAACAGGGAUGGCGGCAGAAGGAGCAUCAGGGACAUCGUCAUUUUGUCUCUGGAGGGUCUUCACAAGGCUGCAAUUUUAAGCAACAUACUUGGGCUACAGAAUCGGUGCGGUUCUAUCUUCGCUCUCCUGGCCAAAGCCGCUUGCACGGAACAGUCUAUAUCGAAAAUCACCCGGACGAAGGACGUUCUGCGUCUGAAAUUGCAAAACAGGGCUACCAAUAUUCACACUUCGCACGCGUUGAGUAUGGACGUGCUGCUGGGCAAGGGUUUGGAGCUGGGUAGCCACGGCAGCGAUUGCUGGCCGCACGUUUUCACGUGCUGUCUGUACGUGAGCAAGCUGGAACACGAUUUCUUCGGGAGAAACCAGACCCCGUCGCUGCCGAAAACACAGCAGAAGAAAGAGAAGAAGGAUGUCCCGAACGGAGAUCCCAAGGGAAGCCAGGACAAACUUAGGCUCAAUUUCAACAUCGUCGACGAAGAGGAGACCUGCGUCGACGUUUACAGCUUCCUCUCGAGCCCUUACACGCAGAACCCCAGCUCGGACGCCAUUCCAGAGAUCAUCCAAGAAUCGAACGCGGACAGUCAGUUCAACGGCAUUUUGCCCGCGGACUAUGCGGCGAAGAUCGUUUGCGUUCUCUCGCAACAAGUCGACAGGCUGUUCGAGAACGCCGCGCUGAAGCUGAACCUUCGAGCUUUGUGCUUGUUCCUGACGGCUCUUUGCAAGGCCAGCAAAGCUCAGUUGUUCAAAACCACGGACGGUUCCAAGGACAACAAACGCUUCUGGUGGAGGAAGAGCAAGCCCAGAGAGAACGAGAUGAACGUGUUGCUCCUAGCGCGGUUAGGGGAAGUUAUGUUGAAGUGCGUGAAGAGUGGCAGGCCACUGAUUCAUAUAAUGAGGGUUUGGAGCAUUUGGGGCCCACACUUCAUGGAAGCAGCCUGCCACAAAGAUCGCAGCAUCUCCAAGAAGGCGGUUCAAUGCAUUCACGACUCGAUGGCGGCAUUACUGAACGAACAAGUCGAGCUGCCGCACUUCCAUUUCAACGAAGCUCUUUUCAAGCCUUUUGAGAACCUCUUGUGCCUAGAACUCUGCGACAGCGAUGUGCAGGACCAAAUCGUCAGCUGUAUCUGCGAGUUCGUCGAGACCAACCGAACAGAGAUUCGUUCUGGAUGGCGACCUCUGUUCGGUGCUCUGCGCGUAGCCUCCGUCGGUAAUUCAGAUUCCGUCGAAUCGGCGCCACUGCUGGAGGUUUUCAGGGUCUUCCUAUCAACGGACAAUACGUUGGUCUUCGCCAAUGCGGCGUUAGAUUGCAUCCUGUGCCUGCUGAGGCACGUGCGCGGCAUCGGGGACGCGGAUGGACACCAGGACGAGCAGAACCAGAUCGAUAUAGCAGAAUCGAGGCGCAUGAGACUGUGCGUCGAGAGCCUCAAGUACCUUCUGAGCUGCAGCGACAUUCUGGCCUCCAUGUACGGGAUGCCGGCCUGUCCCAUCUUCCAUUCUGCCCAGAGGAUCCAGGUCUCGACCAUACCCCAAUACGUCGACCCCAGCAUACCGAACUCUGAGCUGAUCAGAUUCGACAAGCACGCCGAGUCGAUUCAAGAGACCAUGCCCGAACGGCCGCACGACGUCUUGAUGGACAACGUUCACACGGUCACCACUUUGCAAAGCAUGGACAAGCCCAGUGGCAUCCUGAGGGUCUGGUACAUCCUGAUCGACGGUCUGGCUAGCGCCACGAUGAUAUGCCCGAAACGUUAUCAGCCUCAUACUCUGGAAACUUUGUUCCACCUUCUACGAGACACCCUGAACGUCCCUGGACCAGCGUUCGGUCUUUACUGCGUCAAUCAUUUGCUACUUCCGAUGGUUCAGAAUUGGCUGAGGAAAACGUCCAAGAUCUUCAGGGGCUGGGACAACUUUGCACCGAACUUCAAGCAGUGCUGCGGCCUCACGACGGAUUUGGUUGUCGAUUACUUGAUUCAUUUGCAAGGUCCCGAUGUUGUUCGAAACGAUGCCUAUUUGUCAGCCACGACGCUGAUGUUGAAGCAACUUUUACUGGUGAUGGCGGAAUGCGUCGUUCAGCCCACAGAGAGCAUAGCUCGUUUGGGUUGCGCCUGUAUCAGGCACGUUCUCGUGAGCAGCGGUCCGCUUCUCACCCCAGAACAAUGGGAGGUCUGCGGCGUCGCCUGUUACCGCGCUUGUUCAAAUUCUCUGCAAGAAUUGCACCAGCUGACCAUGGCUUUCUCACCGAGAUCAGAAUCCUUUUACGGUGACGUUGCUCAGGUCAAGGUUGCCGCGCGACGGGAUGCAACACUCGAGGAGUCGGAACGGCUACGGCAGCUCGCCGCCCAGGUGUUCCUCCUCGAGGAACAACGCACCGAAGACACAUCAAGAACGUCCGACGACAGAUCGUACGUGUUCCUCUUAUAUCCACCUUCGGUGGCCUCCACCCUCAACCCCGACCUCUAUAUUGUCAGAGUUCAGCUCAGAGCACUGGUGGUCGGUCUUUUGGUUCAUCAGAUGCUCCUCCAUUGCAUCGCCAGUGUGCUCUUGCAGGGCGCUGAUUCCUCUUUUCCCAGCCUGUCGCACGUCAUUCCGCACUCACUGUCAUCGGCGUCGCCAAAGCCCUUCGUGCAAGGUUGUCUUUCGUGCCUGACCAGCCAUCACGUGGACAUUUUCUUCUCUGCGCUGGACCUCUCAUACGCAGCCGCCUUGAAGUUCGACUGCCGCCCUGGUUUGAAAUUCUUGGUCCAGAAGGUGGCGAACCUCCGACAACCGGCGAACCUCUAUCGCCAGGCCGGAGCAGCCUGGACCGUCAAGAUAGUCACUCUGUUCGAGCUGUGUCUGCGCGAAAUGGACGACACCGAGGUGACCCUGGAGACGGUGAAGUCGAUGCUGACCUCGAGCCCCGACGACAAGUGCUUCAAGACACCGAGCCUGAGAAAGCUGUCCAGGUACCUGAGACAGUUGCGCAACACGUUCGACGAACUUUGCGAGAGCUACGUGGAGGUGGUCCUGGACGAGGAUGGAAGACACACCAAAGUCGACAAUUUCUCGGAGAGGAAGAUAUUUUUGUUGGUAGCUCAGCCCGAUGACUUUCCGGAGAUCACGAGAAAGGAACCCAUCAACGACAGAGCGAUUCUGGCGCAGCCACCGAUAGUCAAUUCGGAGGAUCUGACGGGCCAGGAGGAGCCAGAGGAUAUCGAGGACUACAAUAUCAACCUGGACGACGAGAGUGGGCUGGAAGAACUCGGCCCAGAGUCUGACGAAGACGCUAGGCCCUUCAGACUGUCUGACCUAGCGGUGGAGUACUCCACUGAUUCUGGUCCCGAGUCCGAACCGGAGACCGACGACUCCAGGCCAGUGUCCAGGUUGGGCUCGGUCACGGAGAAGAUCGUGUAUCCCGAUCGGUCCGGCGGCACCUCCAGCGAGGGAUACAUCGACGGGAAGUACAGUUCGACGACUCCAGCCCCGCCGCGGUUGAUCAACAAUCGCGACGACUUGUACUACAAGCUAAGCCCGCUGAGAAGAACCGAGUCCGCGUACUCUUUCGCGACGAACGCGCUCGAAGCAAAGGCGACCGCUGCUAGUUUGACGUUCGACGAGUUCUCCGGGUAUCGGAAACCGAGACCAGAGAGAAGGAAAAGCGACGCCUGCUUGCUGGCUCGCAGAGACUCUUUUAAAUUCGUAGAUGCCGGCGAAACGGACGACGAGAAAUUUGAACGCUUCGACGCGGCAGCGUUGAGGUGCAGAUCGGUGAUGGAGCUGAGGAGGACACGGGGAUCGACCGUGUCCAGCUCGUCCAACGACCUCGAGGCUUCUCCUCGCCUGUCCCUGAAGAUCGACAAGAAAGAGGAAAAAGGAUCGCCAAAGUUUUUGGAUAAUAUCGACGAACUGUUGCGCGAUUACGAGCACAGCAAGAGAGGCUUCAGGACCAAUCCGUUUCUCAGGGACGGCGAAGAGGAGUCGAGCGUCGACAACCAGGACCUCCCGACGCGGGAAACCGCGUUCCAGAGGAAGAGCAACAUCCACAAGGACAGCGAGGCGCACAGGAAGGCCUGGGCCGAAACUCUUAGCACCGUUUUGGAUUGGACUUUGGCUUUGCCGGAUAACCAACUGACCCCGUUACUUCCGGUUUUCGUGAGCGGUGUGCGAGUCCUCACGAGGCACGCGGUGGACCACGUCCUCAAGCAGCGUUUAUCGGCCCUUUUCCACCGAAUUGCCGUGUUAUACGGGUUAACGAGCAAUUAGGGGCAACUUCAAUACAUCUGGGAACAGAUGUAUUUCCACAAAUCGUUCUGAAACCAUUUCGGUGCCUACCAGCGAACUCAAAAAUGUCAAUAGGACACCGAGUGAACGUUUCUGUUAAUCAUCGACAACUUCGACUCGAGCAGCAACGUCUAUUCAACCCCAUGAACAUCGUCGAAUAUUUAUAAAUCUUCUACAUCUUCGCUCUCGAAUAAUCGAAGUAUACUUUCGUACGCUAAAUAUAUUACGAACAGCAAGAGAUCUGCGUUAACACUUCAAUGGCCGCACGUUUCGCACGAAGACUGCUAUCUGUUGACAGUCAAUCUGGUGGAGGCUCCCUAACUGUUUUUCGAAGCGAUAUUUUCAAGUUUAACAUUUUAUAGAUAUUCAAAUAUUAGCUCUACAAGCAAACAGAUGAAUAUCAAUUUUAUUCAAUUGUUUAUUUCUUCAGUCUCGGACACUUUCGUUACAAACUAUUUCUGAAUUUAUGGAAGUUGAAAUUUCUGAUUAAAUUCUUUGAAUCUAAAUCGACAAACUUUCAACUGCAUUCGUACGAGCAGCAAAAUGAAGCACACGAAGAUGCUAGAAAUAUUAUUACAAGGAGUUACAAAUAUUGGGACACCAUAAGGAGUAUACGAAAUAAAAAACCUUUACAAACGUGACACCACACACGCGAGACAGUGGCCGUGAAAGUGUUAAGAACUGUAUCUCUAAUCGAGUCCCAAAGAAUGAAUGGAUCUAAGGUGGAUGAUCGAGGACCAUUCGGACGCCAUCGCUGCUAACGAAGUUGAACGUCGAGCCAGAGUUUCAGACAGGAGUUCGAGGAUCCCAGGUUCGCCGAAAGCGGCCGGAAGUGCAGUGCACACGACCGACAAUAGCUCAUCCUAGCGAAAGAAACGAUGUCCCGUUUUCAGCUUGUCUCUAGUUCACCGCGCGCCCAGACGCGUCGACACGGAGAGACAAGGAUUUUAUUUACGAUCCACUCUGCACGCACAUCUCUCGAUUCUCAUUUUAUGCUCUUUGCGCUUAACUGUAGUUUGCGGUCCAGUCGCGGAGUCGAAUGUAUCCGGAGCCUUGCUUCCAGCGUCGGGCGAAUACGCGCGGCGUCGCGACGAGCCCGAUCGACGUCGCGAGCUGGCACCAUCCCUCGAACUUUCAAGAAACAGCGUACAACUCUUUCCCAAACGAAAACCCAACAACGAUUCUUGGAUGAUUUUACCCCAUUUUAAGGGAGGGACAGACCCUUGGAGUAAACCCUAAUUCCGAAAUGGUGUGCAGGGCGAUUCUUAAGAAAGUGUACCUUCGUCGCAGGAAAUAAUUAUUCCACUAAUUUUACUAUUUAUUUAUUAUUUGUAGGACGUAGUAGUCGAUGGAAAAAAAUUCACGAAGAUCGCUAAAUUUUAUAGCUCUCAAGCCAGAAUGAAAGAAGGUACCGUUUCUAAAAAUUAUACGAGAAAAGUUAUUCCAGAAAUUGAUUAAAUUUUUUUUUUAUUGGAAGUGGGUGUAGAUUAUUUUAAAAAAUCGAACCUAACUCAAAUUUAACCCCAUAUUUGAAUACAUCACAAAAUACGAUGAUAUGUUUGUAUCGUCAAAGGUCGCUUCUGUGCCAAUAAUUUACGUUUUUAAGCAGUUCAUCUCCCUUUUACUAAUAAUUUCAAGUUUUAUCAGGCAUCGAAAACUAAAGUUUGAUCAAAACAGAUAUUUUAGAAUCGUCCUGCACACAAAUUUCUUUUCAAUCGUCAGCUGUAUUUCCCUCCUUUACCUAAAAACCAAUCCAAACGGACAUCCAGGAAUUAGUCUAUUAAGGAAAAUGGAGAACGGGAGUACUUACUAAGUUAAGAAUUAACGAAUGCUGUUGAAUCUGGAAGUUAGAGAAACGUUUAGAGCAAAAAGUUAUUAUAUUCUUCGUGCGAAUGGAGGGAUUUCGAGGAGUCCUUCCGAUUUUGCCAAAAAAAAAAAAAAAAGAGAACCGCAGAACUGUAGAACUGCAACACGCGAAAGAAAAUAACAAUGUUAUAUUUUAUUGUAAAUAAUACUCUUGCUGCUGGUCCGUAGCGACGAUCAGCGAGAGAAGCUAGAUAUUUUUAUCGUUAAUUUUCAUAUUCUGGUCUUUAGCGACUAGCCGACGACUUUUCAGUUUAUUUAUUGCUUCGAUAUAAUAUAUUAUACAUAUAUUUUGUAUAUCGUUUGUAAGUUAGUGAGGAAGAAAGAUAUAAUUACCGACUGUUGUAUAAAUCGACUAUUGCCACGCGAGUGUCUCCAUUCUGUCCUGAAUUCCAUCGGUGUUGUAAGUAUUGUUGAAUGUCAGAUCGUUUAAUGAAAACGCGGAGGUGUUGAUAAUUGAUAAUAAAACGUGCCUACGUAGACCCCGUUCCGUUUCUUUGUUUUCUUCCGUCGGGGAGAAUAAAUUUCAAGAUUUUAAUGCCGAACGUUUCGCCUAAGUGUACAAGACACACAGUAUGAACGAGUAAAACGUACAUUUAUAACGCACUGUCGCGGCAGUAUUUUAAAUUGUUGCACUCGACGGCCGAGUGAGAAUGAAACGGCGAUUAACGAACAAUUGAAACU